AUGAAUGGAGAAGGCAUUGUUGGUCCUACUAGUACAGAAGACAUGAACAAGGCUAAUGAAGAGAUAUAUGAGCACGGACAUCACAGUGAUGAUGAAAAAAAUGUAGCUGAGGCAAGCCAAACACAUGAAGCAGUAACAAGUGAGAUCCAUUUAGCUGAGGCAAAUCAAUACCAUGAGGUUGAACUAAGUGAGCCUCAUGAAGCACAAGCAAUUGAUCAAGAUCUCCAAAACCCAAACCCUAAUUGUUCGAAUUCUCUCUUGCAGGCGCCUGCGAGCAUCAAGCGAUGGAUGACCUCCAACUCCAUCGACUUCUCCGACGCCCUCCGCUUCGUCGACGGACCCGACUCCGGCAUCUCCGUCCUCUCCCUCUGCGACCUCGCCGUCGGCGACCUCGUCGCCACGAUCCCCAAGCUCUCUUGCCUCACUGUUAAGACCUCGGCGGCGAGGGAGAUGAUCGAGGAGGCGGAGCUCGAGGGUUCGCUGGGGCUGUGUGUUGCUGUGAUGUACGAGAGGAGCUUGGGGAGCGAUUCGCCGUGGGAUGGGUACUUGCAGGUGCUGCCUGAGAGAGAGAGUGUGCCGUUGGUUUGGAGCUUGGAGGAGGCGGAUUCGCUUCUUUCCGGGACUGAACUCGAUAAGGUGGUAAAAGAAGAUAAGGCUUGCCUUUGUGAGGACUGGAAAGAGCACAUCGAACCUCUUAUUCUAUCUGAAUCUUUUAAGCUUGAUCCAAGUUACUUUGGUGUUGAACAAUAUUUCUCUGCCAAGAGCCUUGUUUCAUCAAGAUCCUUUGAGAUAGAUGAUUACCACGGCUAUGGAAUGGUCCCUUUAGCUGAUCUCUUCAAUCAUAAGACAGCCGCUGAGAAUGUUCACUUUACCACUCAAAAUUCCUCAUCUAGCUCAGAUGAUGAGGAUGAUGGCGACAUCAGUCAAAUAUCUGAUGAUGAGAAAUCUGUGGUUGAAACUCUCAGUUCUAGCCCUUCAGGAAAUUCAGGUGAUAACUUUACCAAUUCAGGAGAUGAUCCUAAUAAUCUUGAAAUGAUUGUUGUAAGAGAGGUUCAAGCAGGAGCUGAGGUUUUCAACACUUACGGUAUUAUGGGAAAUGCCGCAUUACUUCACAGAUAUGGUUUCACUGAACCUGACAACACAUUUGACAUCGUGAACAUCGAUCUCAACCUUGUCCUGAAACAUUGCUCUUCCUCAUUCUCCAGUCGCUAUAUUAGAUCAAGGGUUUCAUUAUGGAGAAGGCUAAAUUAUUCAGGCUGCACAAGUGAGAACUCUGAGUACUUUGAGAUUUCCUUUAAUGGGGAGCCGCAGAUAGAGCUUAUAGUUCUUGUAUACAUCGUUUUUCUCCCAGAGUAUGCAUAUGAGAAAUUGAAUUGUAUGGUAGAUUUUUUUGUCGAGGCCAUUGAUUCUACAAACUUGAUCAAAUUGAUCAAUAUCACUAGAAAUAAUUGCAGUAUUGGAGCAGAGAAGAUCAAUGAGUUAUUGCUGACGAGAGAUGUCCGUAAUGCUCUUAAAUCUCUAGCUGAUAUGAGGGAGACUUUUUAUGGACCGAACACUUUGGAAGAUGAUGAGAGUAGGUUGAGAAUACGUUCUUCUGUGAAAGAUCGAAAACUGUAUCAUUCGCUAGUGUUAAGAGUAUGUGAAAGGAGAAUACUUUCGAGGCUAAGGGUCUACGCUUCUGGAGGGUAUAAAACCAAGAAAAGAAAGGUUUAGUUGCUCAAGUGUGAAGCUAUCUGUAGCGCGUUUGAGUUCAUUUGCAUUCAGUUGAACAUGCAAGUUUUAAUGUAAACUAAAAAAUUAUGUCAAAAUUUUUUUAUUGAUCUUCAUUUACUUGGGUCUGUAACUAAAAUUUUGCUUCUCUGGCUCCAGAUUGGGGUCCUUCUCAUUUACUGCUCUUCUAGUCCUUACCAGCUUGAAUCAAAUUGAUCAUAUUGUAACACGUGUUACUAAGUGAAAAUGAGGAUUUGGCUCAAA